UUCGUGAAGAGGAGCGCGGUUACGAGCGACGCGUAUAUGGCCCCAUAAGAUCCGGCCUGAGGGAGGCAACGGUGGAGGAGCAGGCUGCAGGACAUUAAGGGUAACAAAUGAGGCUGGCUGGUCCUCCCACAGGACUCUCUUCCGACUGAGGUGGCGGGAAUGAAAAUAAGUGUACCUCGCUCCUAGCUACCGGCUUUUUUCUUCAUUUCCUCUCCGUGUGACCCUCUCUUUCGCUCCGCUUCUUCGAGCCGACCUCCCUUUCCAACGUCGCAUUAUUCUCGUGCUCCAACCCCCUCAGCCCUGCUUCUCACCCCCCAUGGCAUCCUGGUUGACUCCGUUUUUUAAGCGUAGCACGCUUAGCCGAGAAAGCGCGACGGAGAUUUAGCGUACGAGGUAGCGAAGCGUGUACGCGACGCGGGAAACUUUCAGCGAGCGUUUCCUAAGCGCCGAACCGAGGUGGUCGCAGCGAGCCAACAACAACGCGACGUGUUGUUGUUACUGUUGUUGCCACGCUGGCAACUUCCGAGCGGACGUUUCAGCCUCGAGGAAAUAUUUAGCAGUUAGCCGGGAUUAAGGAAUGCGUUAAUUACGAAAUACUGCUGCUUCGGUCUAUUAAGCGGAAAUGUAAUUUUGCGACCGGCCAUGCGGACCACGCCUACGCUUAAUUGCUCAAGGCCGAUCCUUUAAUCUCUCGGUCUUGAUUAAUUGAGACCUCGAGCACCCGCGAGUAUUUCGUGUAACGGGGACCAUGACGUACACGCCGAGAUGUGAAGGAGCCCACGAGUUUGAUGGAGUUUUAUUGUGCACGUUAAUUGAUUCUGCAACCACUCGACGAAGAGUUAUGAGUGCUCCUGCUUGCUUUUGUUUGUUUGGUUUACGUUUAGGUUUUAGGCGUUGCUCAGGGCGGAACGAACGAUUCACACGGGUGGUGCGGACGAUCGGACGGAUUCAGAAACGCAAAAUUUCACAAAGGAUACAAAAAGAGAAACAACGCUGCGAAUUUGUCGCGGAAAAGCAACAGGGCGCGGACAAAAUAGCUGAGGAAAUAUUUUCUCGAUUAUUAGCAUGGAUUAAGAAGUCGGCUAACUGCAAAGUACCGGGAGCAGCUUUUUUCAUUAUUAUGCGAAAACGGGGCAACCCGGUGGACGCGUGGCCGGCUUUUGUUGAUUGGACGAAGCGUGGCAGCGUUUGGUCCGCUCGCGUGCAUGCGCGGGCAACGUCCUGCCACGCCGCGCGUGUACAAGUGUAAAAGAAACAAAACGAGCAAACCGGCCAGCCCGGGCUCGUGUACCGACCGAUGCGAUUGAUGCAAUACAACCAAACUAUCGAGAGGAAUGAAUUUGUGUCGACGGUCCUGCGAAAGAAUGCCACAGGUUGACGCCAGGAAAAUCGGUCUCGCGGUCUCCACGCUCGAUACAGAGACCUCUAUCCGUGUAACUCGUGUACGGGGGAUCUGGGAUAAUUGAUCGAAAAGGUUACGUGAUCACCAAGCUUCUGCUAUUGAUAUUUUACUGCUUUUAGACGUUAUGUUUGCAAUUGGUAAUUAUACUGAAAUCGGCUGUCAUUUCGAUAUAUGGCCUUGAAAUAUCAGCAACAUCAUUCUGACUUUUACAUGUCCUUAACUUCAGAACACUUUGAAAUUACAAUAAAAAUUUCACUUUAUCAAAAAUACUUCGAUUUUAAUGUUUUGAUGAAUGUCUAUGCAUGGCGAUUCAUUUUGGUUCAAAAAGGUAUGGUUAGAAAAAUGGAAUAGAACUGUAAAUUUGUAAAGGACCGAUUUUUUAUGUGUUGAGUGCAGAAAGUUGAAAAUGAUGAAAUUCGAGUGGCAACAGAUUCAAUUUGUCUGCAAGGCGAAUUUUGUAUUUGUAUGGACGGGGACAGUUACAGAACUUUAGUAAACAUUGAUCUGGCCAUUUGUAAUUUUGAUAUUUUUAUUGUAAAUCUGAGAUAACCUAAAUAGUUGUCUAUUAAUUAUCGUUAAUAGUAACCAAGGUAAAGCGUAACCAAAUCAUUAUGUCCAUGAAAAAAGCAGAAUGGUGAUCAAGUAUUCCAUCCCCUAAUUGGACCAAUAGAAGCGUCCAUUUUGAAAUAAUAAUUUGUAUUGAGGGCACUUAAUUAUCUUUAAUUAUAAAGAGUCUAA